AUGUCCGCCCAGGCGCAGAUGCGAGCACUGCUGGACCAGCUCAUGGGCACGGCUCGGGACGGAGAUGAAACCAGACAGAGGGUCAAGUUUACAGAUGACCGUGUCUGCAAGAGUCACCUUCUGGACUGCUGCCCUCAUGACAUCUUGGCUGGGACGCGCAUGGAUUUAGGAGAAUGUACCAAAAUCCACGACUUGGCCCUCCGAGCAGAUUAUGAAAUUGCAAGUAAAGAAAGAGACCUGUUUUUCGAAUUGGAUGCGAUGGAUCACCUGGAGUCCUUCAUUGCCGAGUGUGACCGCAGAACGGAACUGGCCAAGAAGCGGCUCGCAGAGACCCAGGAGGAGAUCAGCGCUGAGGUUUCAGCCAAGGCAGAGAAAGUACACGAGUUGAACGAAGAAAUAGGAAAGCUCCUUGCAAAAGCAGAGCAGCUGGGAGCAGAAGGGAAUGUGGAUGAGUCCCAGAAGAUUCUCAUGGAGGUGGAGAAAGUCCGGACAAGGAAGAAAGAAGCUGAGGAAGAGUACAGAAACUCCAUGCCUGCAUCCAGUUUUCAGCAGCAGAAGCUGCGUGUCUGCGAGGUCUGCUCAGCCUACCUCGGUCUCCAUGACAACGACCGGCGUCUCGCAGACCACUUUGGGGGCAAGUUGCAUUUGGGGUUCAUUCAGAUCCGAGAGAAGCUGGAUCAACUGAGGAAAACAGUGGCUGAAAAGCAGGAGAAGAGAAACCAGGAUCGCUUGAGGAGGAGAGAGGAACGCGAGCGAGAGGAGAGAUUAAGCAGGCGGUCUGGAUCAAGGACCCGAGAUCGCAGAAGGUCGCGCUCUCGAGACCGCCGUCGAAGGCGGUCGAGGUCUGCCUCCCGUGAGCGCCGAAAGUCAUCCCGGUCCCGGUCCCGAGACAGACACCGCCGCCACCGGAGCCGCUCCCGAAGUCACAGCCGGCGUCGCACCUCCAGGGACCGAAGUUCUAGACACAAGUUCUCCAGAGAGGGAGCAGCCAGAGAGGAGUCCUGGGAACGAGGGCGGAGCGAGAGAGGUGGAGCAGACUGGAGGCUGGAGGGCUCCAAUGGGAAGGCUGUGUCUCGGAGGUCAGAGGAGAAGGAGGCCGGCGAGAUCUGA